AUGAAAGAGUACAAAAUUGUGGUGCUCGGGGACGGCGGAGUUGGCAAGAGUGCGCUGGUAAUAAUUCUUUUCAAAUUCUUCAAAACCUGGCGUAACUUUUCCCCCGGCCCUGGGCCUAGAGACUUUUCAAAGGCUACAUUAACCACCGCAAUCCUACAGUAAACCUAAAGUACUUUGCAAAGUCUUAGAAUGUUUCAGACUCUUCAAUUCGUCCAGGGAAUCUUUGUGCACAAUUACGACGCGACCAUCGAGGAUUCCUAUCGGAAAAUGUCGACGAUCGAGGCGGAAAACGCGAGAUUGGAGAUUUUGGACACUGCCGGAACGGUUGGUCAUUUAAUUUUCAAAAAAAUCAGUGAAACAUCCCAAAAUUUCAGGAGCAAUUUUCGGGAAUGCGCGAGACGUACUACCGUACCGCCCAGGGCUUCGUGCUCGUGUUUUCUCUCGCCGAAAAGUCGACUUUCGAGAACUUGAAGCAAAUUUUUCUCGAAAUAUUGAAAAUUCGCAAUGAAGAUGUGAGUUUCUCUGCUUAAAAUGUUUCAAAUUGCAAACUUUUCAGGUGCCAAUGGUGCUGGUGGGAAAUAAGUCGGAUUUGGUCGAAACGCGACAAGUUGAAGAGGCCGAAGCUCAGAGUUUCGCGAAGAAAUUGAGAAUUCCGUAUUUUGAGUCGAGUGCUCGACUGAAUCAGAACGUUUCCGAGGUAAAUCCGUGCUUUCCCGGCGUUCAAUCGAGUUCCGUUCAGGUCUUCGAAGAGUGCGCAGUUCUCAUUCAAAAAUCCGCCAAAACCCACGUGGAACGUCGUCGAUGGUCAUCUGAACCCGAAUUAACCGAUAAAAAUUGCAAAAACUGGCUAAAAUCCUACUGCUGUUGCCUUAUUCCUUGCAUUCACUAA